CUUCCUGUGCCAGUUUGACUGUACACUCAAGAGCGCUCUGUACGCAUAGCAGUGGGAUUCCUUUAAUCUCAACACAGUUUUCUGCGUUUUAUUUUUAAAGGAGAUGGAAGUCUUUUAAAAUCUCGUGAAGAUGCUGACUUGUCUAUUUUUUGUGUACAGCACUUACUUAUUCAAAGCUGCACAGGCUUUGGUAUCCCAAUUCCCUCCAUUUGUGAAAGUGCAAGUUGGGAGCAGCAUCAGUCUGCAAUGUUAUGUGAAUCCAGGUGAAUAUUGCUAUGCUAUAGCUUGGCUGAAAAUGGACCAGAGAUCUCGCAUCAUGAGCCCUUGCAUGAACUCUCAGCAUAGUGGAUCAAAAACAUCACAGGGGGAGAUGUGUACAUACUCCAUUGUCAAUGCCACAUCUCACCACACUGGGACAUACUAUUGCUCCCUUGUGAUCGGGAACAGUAUCAAUAUGGGCAAUGGAUCAACAAUAGUUGUAUCAGAAAAUGUAUUGGAGCCUUUUUCCAUUGAAAUCCUGUCACCAUCAGACAAUGACCAGACCAAUGUUACUCUAAUGUGUCUGGUCUUUGGGGUCAUUCCAACACAAGCCCAUGUGUACUGGCUCAUAUCUGGCAAUUAUCAGAGUGGCUUCACUGACUCUGGAUGGGAAAAUAAGGACCAGGCUGCUGAACUUGACAGAAAAACAGAAUUCACUCGAAACCAGAUCCUUAUUUCUUCUGAGAUAUGGGCCAGUGGGGCCCCAUGCACCUGUGUGGUAGAGACUGAGAAUGGGAGAAACUUCACCAAAACAGUGCAGUACAAUGGGAGAAGUGGAACAUGUUUGAUACUUCUCUACACAACUGUGACUGUGGCAGUAGCAGCAAUCAUUUUGGUUCUUCUUAACAUCAUUUGUUUAUUUCAAGAUUGGAGUAAAAACCACAGGGUGAAAGAAUGGGAUGAAAUAAAAACAAUGACAGCACACAGAAAAAAAUCUUUAGGGCUUCAAGAGAAAGAAGCCAGACGUGGAAUAAACUCAGUAUCAGAGGUACAGUAUGCCAGCUUGGAACUUGACUCUCAUGGGCGAAGGACAGCUGUGAUGUUUCAGUAGGAUUUAGAAAUAAUUUAACUUAAAAAGUGAGAAAGACUACACAUGAACCAUUCACAAACAUAAUACAGCCUGUUCCAGUGUCUUCAGAAGUCAUCUCAUCGCUCAUCUCAUGUCAAGCUCAUCUGAGAAGAAUCUUUUUUUUCUUUUCUUUUCUCAUCUCCUUGCAAUAUUUCUUCUUUUGUAUUCACA